AUGAAGAAGAAGAAAAGUAAACCGUGUGCAGUGGCCCUGUACACGUUGGGCGGUGCUCUGCUUGUGACGGGGUUGGCGCUACUGGUCACAGCUGCCGUCAUGGCCACUUGGCUCAUACCGGGGAGGAAGGAGACAUUGGCUUCAGACAAUCCAGGUGGUUCUAAGUUGGAGGCCGUACAGAAGACAUCAGCUACACCAUCGCUCACCUCGGCACCCUACACUGAAGACAGUCCCGUUUUCAUCAAUUCGACCACGUCGGCAAAGAUAAAAUCUACAGAACCGUUGACCACUGCCUUACCAACAACCCGCGGGCCACAGGCAACCACAGCUGUCAACCAUUGCGCAAAGAACCCCUGUCUACAUGGCAUCUGUGAGAACAAAGAUGGCGGCUACACCUGUACCUGCUCACCUGGAUGGACUGGACACAACUGUCAGAAAGACAUAGUUGAGUGCACCAGCAAACCAUGUCAGCAUGGGACUUGUGCAAACAAAGAUGAUGGCUACACCUGUACCUGCUCAACUGGAUGGACUGGAAGCAACUGUGACCAAGAUGUCAAUGAGUGUGUGAAGAACCCUUGUAAGCACGGAACCUGUGUGAACAAAGAUGGCGGAUACACCUGUACCUGCCCACCUGGAUGGACUGGACAGAAGUGUGAACAAUACAUAAAUGAGUGCACCAGCAAACUGAACUGUCAGCAUGGAACCUGUGUGAACAAAGAUGGCGGCUACAAAUGUACCUGCUCACCUGGAUGGACUGGAAAGAAGUGUGAACAAGACAUAAAUGAGUGCACCAGCAAACCAUGUAAGCAUGGAGCCUGUGUGAACAAAGAUGGCAGCUACAAAUGUACCUGCUCACCCGGAUGGACUGGACAGAACUGUCAGCAAGACAUAGAUGAGUGCAACAGCAAACCAUGUCAGCAUGGAACCUGUGUGAACAAAGAUGGUGGCUACAAAUGUACCUGCUCACCUGGAUGGACUGGACAGAACUGUGAACGAGGUGAGUUCUCGUACUCUAAUCUGUAUCUGUAA